UUUCCAGCCCUCUGUAUGCAUUCAUUUAAUACCCACUUACUGGAGUUCCUGGAGCAUAUUAUUUUGAGGUCUACCUUCACCAUGGCUUCUUCUGACAUACAGGUUAAAGAACUAGAAAAACGUGCUUCCGGGCAGGCAUUUGAAUUAAUACUUAGCCCUCCUUCAAAAGAAGCUGUUACAGAGUUUCCGCUCUCCCCUCCAAAGAAGAAAGAUCUCUCUCUGGAAGAAAUUCAGAGGAAAUUAGAAGCUGCAGAAGAAAGGCGUAAGUCCCAUGAAGCUGAGGUGUUGAAGCAACUGGCUGAGAAACGAGAGCAUGAAAAAGAGGUGCUGCAGAAGGCAAUUGAAGAAAAUAACAACUUCAGCAAAAUGGCAGAGGAGAAGUUGACCCACAAAAUGGAAGCUAUCAAAGAGAACAGAGAAGCACAAAUUGCUGCUAAACUGGAGCGCUUGAGAGAGAAAGACAAGCAUAUUGAAGAAGUACGAAAGAACAAAGAAGGAGGCAAAGAACCUGGUGAGACUGAAAGCGACUGACUUCAUGAAAAACUGACUUUCUCCCCUUUGUCUAAAUAUCCAAAGACUGUAUUGGCCAGUGUUUUUUGUUAAGUUUCUAGAAAACUGAUGUAGAGCUGUAUAGUUAAAUCCAACUGUACACUUGCUUUGGGGAACUAGAGGGGAGCCCUUUCAUGUUCACUCUUUUUCUAAAAUGUUGUCUUUCCAGUGUAGCUAUCUUGUUGCAUUUCUUCUAUUCCAGCGCAUUUUGUUACUGGAUUGAUGGCUAGUGCUGUAUUCAGCUCUGACAUAUUUGUGAACUGAAUAUAUAGUGCAAUGUUCAUGCUGAAUCUAUUAAACAUCAGAAUCUGUCGGUUUUAAGAUAUUACUGUAACCAAGUGACUUAAUAAAGCUGCAGUGCUGUUAUCACAGGUGACUGUUUCUGAGACUAGCAUGACACAUACUAAAUAUGCAACUCCAACCAUAGCUAUGGCUAGAACACUUUGAUGCAAUAUUAGAACAAACAUGCCUGCAAACAAUAUUUCUAUAGUUAGUGGCUAGUGAUAUCCACAGUGGCCCUUUUCGCUAUAUUUGUGCCUAUUGUCCUAAUUUAACAAUAAGACCUUUGUCUUGCACCUCAGCAGUUGUCAGCUGUUUGUGUUCAAACAAUUUGUAACCACCUCCCUCCUUAGAUAUGCUUGUACUUCCAACAAAUAACGCCUUGUUAACAUGUGACUAUGAUCAGUUUUUCAAAGCAUUUGCUUGUUCACUUGAAGUCUCAUUUUAGGGAUAUGCACUAAACUGUAAGCUUGAUGAGAUAUCAUUGUUGGAAAUUCUGCCCUAGUGUUAAUUACAGCAGCAAAUAACAAGUUUGGAUGAAGAACACGCUUAGCUGCUCUGGGUCAUUUAGUCUUCACUGUUGACCUGACUUUCUAGUUAAAAGCAAUAUUGCAGUUUGACUUCCUAUAGAAGUAAUAUGAGCUUCCUAUAAAUGAAGCAUAAAAAGGGAACUCCAGCAUUUUUCAGAAUGUUUAUAGCAUUAUUUAGUUUCCUGACUAUGUAAUGACUCAUAAAAUCUAAAGGUUAUAAGGUGCAGCCUCAUCCUAAACAUGUUACUUUUAAAUAAGCUAGUAAGUAGGCUAGGGUUUCAUCCUUAGUUGGAUAUGUAUCAGAAUACCUGUUUUAAUUGUUGGGUGGAUAUGGGGAGUGAUUCAGGACUGUUCAACUUCUGGCCCUCCUGCAGAUGUUGGCCUACAGCUCUCAUAAUCCCUGGCUAUUGGCCACUGUGGCUGGGGAUUGUGGGAACUGUAGUCCCAAAACAGCUGGUGGGUUGAAGUUGAGCAGCCAGUGGAUAGCAGCUACUUGUGCUUUUCAGCUGUUAUUCUCAAUGUUUGUCACAAGCUUAAUGGUGCCCCUAUGUGGCAGAAAUUAGGAACUACACGUCCCGAAAGGUAUAUGCUAUACUUGGAAGUAUUGAGUUUGUCUUUACACUUUCAGCAUAUAAACCUGCAUGGGGAACAGCUUCUCCAAUCAAAAUCUCUUGAAGAGAAAUUUAGUCAUCUGGUUUUUCCUUAUUCCAAUAUGGAAAUCUGCCUAUCUUUGUAGCCAGAUUACCUUGAUAUAAAAGACAUUUUCCCACAGAAUGUUUCUUAUUAAAGUAACUUGAUUGGU